AUGAAGCGCGCGUCCCCAGUCAGCAGCGCCCUCAAGCGUGUCACCGACGCCAGCAUCCCACCCACCCGCAGAAGGGGCAGAGGCGGAGGAAGCGGCGGAGGAAUCAGCGAGGGGAUCAGCGGUGGGAUCAGCGGUGGAAGCAGCCAAAUGGGCAGACACAACAUAGAGCGACGCUACUUCUGCUCCUCCAAACGGAUCUGCCACCCCACGGGGAAAGAAGCCAAUGUCCCAAGGAUUGUAACACGUGGGAAUCCUUCCUACAGCCCACGACUUCGGGAUACACUCUCUUCCCAUUAUAGCACCACAAAAAAGGGAAACAAAAAAUGGGACGCAACAAAGGGCAAGGCAACCGAUUUUAAAAAAAGCAACGUCAUAAGCCUCAUCAAUGGAGUCAAGCAGAUUAAGGAAGAAAGCGCCACCCCACUGGUGGAUCUCCUAGUUGGUCUAAUUCUACAGGUUCGAUACGAUGAGGGAAGUCUCACCCGAAUGAAAGAAAAACACACCAUCGGGUUCCUUUGGGCUAUGUCCAAAAUUGUUAAUCUUGUGCAGGAGAAGAGACUGAUGAGUGAAGAGGUGGUCCUAAAUUGGAAGGCUCUGUUUCUCUACUUUGCGCACAUGUAUAUGCGGCAUGCUAUUCAUUUGGAGAGUGCUCAAAGGAACGACGUGGAUGUGCGGCAGUAUGUCUUAUCCGUCCUUUCGCUCCGGAUUGGGGGAGCCGACUUGGCCAAAUUGUCCACCUCAGCGUUGUGCAACGGGGGCGAGUUUGCUAAGUGUCUGUUCGAGUGGCGAAAGAGGAGGCACGGGGUGAGACAUGCCCCAGGAGGGGAACAUCACUCAGGCGGAAACCACCCAGUGGGGAACCCCCCCCGUGUGGUGAGCGAAACCACCUCCCCGAACGAUCUCUUCCGAAUUUUCAGCUCCUCCUCUAUUAGCAAAAUGGUUAUCUCUGUGCAGAGGUACAUCCUGCACACAAUUGAACGGCACUCGUUGGACAUAAAGACUAUUCUAAACUUCCUCGAAAUGGCUAGCCGAAAUUGGGAGGGCAAAUUCAAAGACGCGAUAAUCCAAGUACUUCUGAGGAAGAUGCAGGUCCCCCCAAAUCAAAUCCAUAACUUUACCAUCUUCAAUCUAUGCCGAUUUCUCAAUAUCACGGUGAAUUACGGUCUUCAGAAGGGCACAACGGAACAGCCACAGAUUGCGGUCAUCAUCGACCUGCUGCUGAGGGGGCAGAGUUACCUACCCAAUGGACAGAGUUACCGUUUUGGCUUGCCCCCCCAGGGAGGUGCCGCCUACAAAGGUGGUGUUUACGAGAGUACCGUCUGCAAAGGGGCUCCCAAUGAACGAAGAGACAACCUCCUCGCUGCUAACACUUUGCCAAACAAGGAAAGGGAAAGCCCAUGUAGUACGUGGCUGCUUCACGCUAACGAACGAGAUUUGUCCUCCCUAGUGAGGGACUUCUCCAGAUUGGCCGUCCGGAAUAAUCAGCUGUACAGAUUACUCGUUGAGUGUUUUCUCCUCAAAUUGGGUUGUUGCCCUAAACAUGAGCGUCACGACGAACGUCACCGCGAGCGUCACCGCCAGUAUGAGCGCCACUCUGGAGACCCCCCGAAAUCGGAGUCGAAAUUAAAACAAGUUAGAAUCACGCUCAGCAUGGGAGAAGAUCCAAAUGAGGAUUCCCCCAAGCGUUACGAAACCAAAUUGGAAAGACAAAAGAGGGGUAUCCAGGACACUGCCACAAGCAUGAACGUAGUAAUGACCCCUCAGGAGGUGCGGAACUGGGUAGACAUUUUGGUAGGGUUAGCCAAUGUCAACUACCACUACGAUCCCUUUGUCCGGUGUUUUAUUCAAAAGAUGGUCAUAAAAAGAGGAAACAUCUUCUUCACCGUAGAAAACAUACCCAAUAUUGUUCUUUCCUUGAGAAGCUUACUCUCGUUGGGGUACGACCAAAUGGACACACUGUCCCAUUUUUUCGAUUUCUUAACCCGCAAUUUUAGGGAUGUCCAGAUGAAACAACUGAUAAUGAUUUUUUAUGCAACGUAUUGCUACAUUGUGCAUAGGUACAACAUGGCGAGUGUGAAGUAUGUCGGGAGUCGAAAUAUGCUUUUCUCCGUGGCGGGAGGGGGCGGCGGCGAGAACAUGGGUACACAAAUGGAUGAACAAAUCGAUGUAGCUGCAGGAGCUGCGGAUGAUCCAGGUGGACCCCAAUUUUACGAGCGAGAGACCCCCCUGACCGACAUGCCGCCCCAACGCACGCCACACAGAUUGACCAGCAGCGAUGCGCAUGUCCCUUCCCCACGUGAACAAGUCGAAGAAGCCAAGGCACACCUGUUCCAACACCUGCGGAGAUUGGAAGGAGCGAUAUUGCAAAGAAAGAACGAAAUCGACUCCAUGCAGGGGGUGGUUAAUUUUUUCUUCGCUCUGUCCAGCACCAUAAACACGUUAUCGGUUGAACUGUACGACUUUUUUUACCAGUCAUUUUGGCGCAUACUGAAGGGGCAGAUGGGAGCCGACGGGAGACCUGCACAAGGGCGAAAUGCAGACGGGCGAAAUGCAGAGGACACGAUAAAGACCCAAACCGUUGUUCAGAUUUUCCUGCUACACUACAGAAAUAACGUGGUACACAAGACCCUGCUGUCGCAUUUGCUCCGCAUUCUGGAGACCUUCCCGCAGGUGGAUAUUCACAGUCUGUACCCCAUCACUUUUGUAUGUUGCCACUUCAAUAUAAUAACCAUGGCCUUCUUGAAAUUUGUCUUGCGAGUUCUUCUGGGGGAGAUGGCAAAGGGGGAACCUCACCAGGAAGCUGCCAAUAGUGCCAAUGGUGCUAAUUGGUCUUAUCAGGCUAAUGGCGAUAACUGGGCUGGCGGGAGGCACCGCAUCGGAAACGACCAUUAUGAUGCCCCCUUGGGGGAAGGGUCAAAUAGGUUUAGCAGCUGCCCGGUUGCCCCACCCACUGGAAGACACACAGAAGAAACACACCACCUGUACAGUAACGAUCAACAGGACACAGUCAACAAAGUCGCCAAAUGCGCGUGGUCCCUACUUUUAAGUAGCACCUUCCUAGAGAGCUCCAUAACUACCUUUGCCAAAAUGUGCAUCUUGCUAAGGAGAACAUUUUCCGGCAGAUUCCAUUGGAAAGAGGAGGACUACAACAUGCUGAAUCAAAUGUUAGUGUGUUUAAAUAUGUAUUACAAGAAAAAUAGACGAUUUUUUCAUUUGAAGAAGGGAAAGCUUCGCAUCUCUACCUCUUUUUAUAUACCCUACUGUGUAGUUAAAGAAACAGUGAGAAGAAACAAAAUGUCUUUCCACCAGAAAGUACACAUGUCCAGCUUUCAGUACAAACUUUGUGAAUAUUUGAAGAAGAAAAAAAUUAUGUACAAGUCAGAAUAUUUCUUGAAGCGCGGUUUCGUGGUCGAUUUUUUGGUUCUGAAAAAAGGAGAGCCACAUCUCCUGCUGGAGGUGGACGGGAUUUACCAUUACAACAUGUCAACGGAUGAGAGGAACUACGAGAUUGGACAUAACGGCAUGCACUUGUCCAAAAAUGGAAGGACAGAGUUCCGCAAUAAUGUGCUGCGAAUACUGUACGACUUGGAGUUUGUGUGCAUCCCCUGGUUUUUCUUUCAUCAGCCCAGGUCAUUCCAGCGCCUGGAGGGGUUGCUGUCGGGGAGACCAUCGCGUUUCGCGCCGUGUUAUGAGGGAGGUAGCAGAACGCGCUCAUGUGACAGUGAGGCGGCAUCGAUGUCCCAUUAG